GAUGUUCCUAACACGUAUAUAUUGAGCCUUUCUAAGCUCUCCUUCUCCACAAGUACUAAUAGGAAAAGCACAUCAGGAUGGGAUGGCUAUGGGGCUCGGCCAGCGAGACACCAGCAGCAACAGAUCCAUACAGCAAGCUUGACCCGACUUUACGCGACUUUCUUGACAAGGAAUCUCCCUCCAAUGGCCAGGCCACCCGACCCUCUGCUUCCUCCCCAGCAGCACAACCAUCACCGUCCACAGAUGGCGCACCCAACACCUACCGCGCCCAACUUGGCUUUAAGUCGCCCGCCGAGAGGGAAGAAGCGCGGGUAGCACGACUAGACCAGCAACAAGCCUCCACCACUGCCCCCGCCGUCCCAGCCGAGUCCCUCUACCCAGAUGGCCGCUACGCCCACCUUUGGGCCUCCUACCGCCCACAAGCCGAGAUUGACGAUACCGCGAAAACUGACCAAGACCGCCUCCGCGACGUCAUAGACGCCUAUCAAGACCGACGCGCCGCCAUCGGUACCGCCGCGGUCGAGAACUGCGUGCAAGAACAAAUGGCUGAGCGAGAUUGCUGGGAAAACGGGAGUGCGUGGGAGCUCAUGAACAUGUGCCGCGGCAAGAACAGGGCGUUCUUUAGGUGUUAUACGAUGCAGAGUCGAUUCUUGAAGGCGCUGGGGUAUCUGAGUGCGCAGCGUAGUGAGGAGGAGGAGGAGCGGAUACAGAUGCAUGCGGAUAAGCUGUACCAUGAGAUGCUUGCGCGGGAGGAGGCGGCGGAGGAGGCGAAGAAGGCGGGCGUGGAGGUGCCUGCAUUACCUCCUUUGCUGUCACCGGAGAACUUGACUGAGGCGUUGGGGCCUGACUCGGCCUGGGCGCGGAAUCGGCAGCGAGCGUUGGAGUUGGGCGUGGAGGGCGUGAAGUUGGAGGACUAUACGCCGGAGACGCGACAGCAGUUGAUGAAAAAGUUGCAGAAAAUGACGCCGAUGGAGCGGGAGCUUGAGUUGCAGUUGAUGGCGGGCGAGACGAGGAGUAAGAUUGAGAUUGCGGAUCGCUUGCGGGAGCACUGGGCGGAGGAGCAGAAGAAGCGGUUGGCUAGGAAGGAGAGGGGAAGGGAGACGCCGGGAGACUUUAUCAAAAGGUUGAGUGGGUGGGAUAAAGGUGCGGAGGGAUCCUUGACGAGCGAAAAGCCAGCGACGUGAAAUGACAACCUAGGCUGAUUGCUCGAUUCCUGCCUUCUCCGUACAAUCUGUGGAGUUACUUAGGGGACACCCAUCGCAGGACAAGCUGUACGUUGUACAUUCUACAUCGCACAUA